CAACAAACGCACACCAUCCUCGAACGUGAUUGGACACAGCUGAAGCUCUGGAGAAUUUGCAUAUAGCAGACUACAAGCCUCUGCACCGGCUGGAGUGGGAAGAAUUCGGAGCACAGCUAGGUUAUUGUUACGCCUCUGUUCAGACGGGGAUUUGGUGUGUGUUGAACUAACCCGUUUAAAAGAGAUCUGAGACGUUUACAAGGUGCAGUCCCUUCAAGUUGUUCCUCAACCCACUUGCAUGGAUGCAUAUUAUGAGCAGCUUCUGCGCAGAGGCGGAGCGGCGCGGUUCCCCGGUCCACCUGAUGAUGCGAUGCAGCGAUCGGGGGAUCGACACGGAGGGAACCCGCGCCACCAGCCGCCGGACAGCUGCUGUUUACGUCCUGCAGCGAGCAGAGGAAGCGGCUGGAGAGCCGAGUGUGAGGCGACGGAGGCCGAGGACGCGGCCAGGGAGGACGGAUCCGGUUUUCAGCCAGAACUUGAGCUGCCGCUGUCGCUGCGAUCUGACGAAGAGCCAGAAAACCCCAGCCCCUUUGUCCCUCCUCAUCAUCACACACACACACACUGUGGCCUUCAUCGCCCUGUGGAUGUGAGCUACCAUCUCCCUGCAGGCGGAGGCCGGUGCAGCUGUACUCCCCAUCACACACGCCAGCACCAGCCGCGUCCCCUCUCGGCCCCCUGCCGGCACCGCCAGCCCUGGGCCGAGUCCCCGCCUCGGCGCCACGGCUGCGCGCACGAGGGCGGCGUCUCCGUCAACGUGCCGCUCUUCUCCGUCCCCGACGCGCGCGGCGUCUCGGAGGUGGCCGCGAUGGCGCCGAGCGCGGCCGGAGCGGAAGCGUCGGCCACGAGGAGCGUGACUCUGCCGGACGCGAGCAGAAACAUUUUUGUAACUUACUCCUCGGACGCCUCCUCGGAGAUCGUCGCCUUCACACACUUCCUGAGGAGUCACGGCUUUCGACCGGCUGUGGACAUGUAUGACACCACACUCAGACCUCUGGACGUCAACAAGUGGAAAGACACUUACCUAAACGACCCAUCCGUGCUGGUUAUCGCUGCCAUCAGUCCCCAGUACAAGGCGGACGUUGACGGCUUCGCGGUGGACGACCACGGCCUGCACACCAAGUACAUUCACUCCAUGAUGCAGAAUGAGUUCAUCCAACAAGGCAGCCUGAACUUCAGGUUCAUACCCGUCCUCUUCCUCGACGCCUCACAGAAGCACGUCCCCAACUGGCUGCAGAACACGUGCGUCCACCGCUGGCCGCGCGACGCGGACACUCUGUUGCUGCGGCUGCUGAGGGAGGAGCGGUACGUGGCCCCCCCCGUCCCCGAGCAGCUGACCCUCGUCAUCAGGCCGGUGGCCCCGUAGAGACGGACCCCCGGUUGUCACUAUGCAGCUUGUUUUAGUCAUUGAUAUAAGUUGAUGGCAGCCCAUAUUAUUGACUGAACUACUUUCUGUUUAAUGUGUCGCAUAAAAAUGUACAGCUUGCCUGUUUUUCAGUUUCAAUAAACUAUAUUCACACAUUA